AUGCCUCCCAUUGACUACUCAAAGUGGGACAACAUCGAUACAGAUUCGGACUCAGAGUCGGGAACUGAUAAAGACCCUCCAUCCAAUCCUGAUGACCCCAAGUCCACCCUCCAACCCAAGCUUCCAGCUUCAGUGUCUGAAGCCCAAGGAUCGGAGCAGACACCAGCUCCCGAUACCACAAUCAAGGCGGUGACAGUGCUUUGUGUAGGCACAGCCGGCCCCCGGACUUCGCCAACUACCAUUCUGUCGAGCCACCCUAUCUUCACCGCUGAUGUCCCGCCCAUCCCAGCUUUGCUUGACUUCCCUAUUGUCAUCCACCGGCUCGGCACCCCUGACGGCGGAAGUAUGAACUACCUCGACAACCCGUUCAUCAAGUUCCUUCACAUCAGCCCCAAGGAUGGCACUGUGCCACCCCAGUGGCAGACUGGAAUUGGGAGUGCGAUCGUCGCACGAAAGGACAAGAAGGAUUUGUCCACUGCGCACUUCGAGGCAAUCAUCAUGUAUUGCGAUCAGAUCUGGACUGAUUUUCAAGAUGGAUAUGGACCCCCGGAAGAGUUGUUCACCCGCAAUUCUUUUGUGCGGUGGUAUGAGUCGUACAAAGCGGCGUGGGCUCCGUUAUCUGGUGAGGGUUUGAGCUCGGUGCCUCCGUUGUACGAAGAUUGA